CAAUCUCACCCUCCAACCAUCUACCACUGACCUCGUUGACUUCCCAAGAGUACUGAUAACCACACCCACAUCUAUCUCACAGACUCUCUCAAUCGCACUGAAACUGUCUUCUUCGGCUUCCUUCAACUCCCUCACAACCCCCACACAGUCCCAAGAACCAUAGCCUACGAUAACACGUGCUUAACAUUGUUCUCUUUAUUAACAGUUUAGGUCCCACCCAAUCAAACGAACUCGAAGAUGUCGUCCACUCAAAGCUCCUGGCCACCAUCCCUCAAGGAGUUCGUCAAUCAAACGUUUGCUCGUUGUAGCGAUUCAAACCGAGCGGACGUUGAGGCCGAAUUGAAAUCACUCAUCUUUGAAGCUUACAAGAACGGUAAACUGUGGACUAUCAAUUGGGCAGACGUCCAACUACAAACACUCCUGCCGGUAACCAAACGAAAACAAAACCCAUUGCUCUUUAGUGCUGCGUCCCCCGUCAUCGAUGUUGAUGAUGAAGACGAUCGCAGACAGAAAAGGCUGCGCAGGUUUGACAAAAUACCAGCGACCACAUCUUCUGUGCAUGGUCUACACAUCACAAUCUAUGAUGAAGGGGAUGUGUAUGCUAAUGUGUCUGCUGAUUACCAAAAGAAUAUUCCUGAUUGGGAUCAUCACACUAUCGUUGGCUGCUCGCAGAAACUUGAGAAGCCCUACUUGAGACUCACUUCUGAGCCCAACCCGGCUGAUGUCAGGCCGUUGGACGUUUGUAAAAAAACGUUGGAUCACCUCAAAUCCAAGUUGCGCUCAGACUGCAAUUACAACUGGAUUUGUGAUCAAUUCAAAAGCCUUCGACAAGAUUUAACUGUCCAACGAAUUAAGAAUGAUUUCACAGUAUCGGUUUACGAAAUUCAUGCUCGUAUCGCCCUGGAAAAAGGUGAUCUUGGUGAAUUCAAUCAAUGCACCAGUCAACUGCGCCCGUUAUAUAAACUGGGCUUGCAAGGUCAUCGAGAAGAGUUCAUGGCGUAUCAUAUCCUCUAUCUUAUCUACUCACGUAACUAUAGUGAAUUGAAUGAGCUUUUGCCAAGUAUUCCAGAUUCCCUCAAGCAGGCUGCAUGCGUCCAGCAUGCCCUGCAAGUGCGUUUUGCGGUUUCGACUGCCAAUUACCGCAGGUUUUUUAGACUAUUCUGCGAAGCUCCGAUGAUGGCUGGAUACUUAAUGGAUAGGUUCAUUGACCGCGAGCGAAUCAGAGCGUUAGCCAUCAUGGCACGAGGGAUUCGCUCUAUUCCAAUCUCAUAUCUGACCAAACAAUUGGCUUUCGAUUCCGAGGAGGAAUGUUGCGAGUUUUUGAAAACUCAUCAGGCCUAUUAUUUCGAAAAGAAUUCGAGGCUCUGGGAUCCUAAACCAGCCAAAGAUGCUCUACAGCAAGCCGCUCUAAAAACUCGGAAGGUAGACAUCAAAGGACAAAUCUAACCUGUUUUCAUCCUCGGUCGAUUCUCGGCGAUUCCGAAUCUCCCUCACAGGAUCACGUUCCUGAUAGUCGCGCCUUCACCUGACCAAUGAUCUCGUUCUCGCAAGUAUUUUAUCUUAAUCUUACCUAUUGUCGUUUACGUCCCGGUUUCGGUACUUAAAAAGCUACAAUUGGAAGGACCUUUCUCGUUUUCAGCAUCUAAUCUUUAUCUCAUGUGGGCGCUCUAGAGCUCCCUUCUAUUCAACCGUAUUCUAACUCGACCUCAAGAAGCUCGCGAUAUCUCGGUCACUUGUCUCGGCGGUCAACUCGUCCUCCACCUCUCUCGCACGUAACCUCGAUCAGCAGUUGUGUCUUUGAGCCGUUUUCUCCGAAAUGAUUGAGCGGUUCAGGUCAUCCAAAUCCCCUUAGAGGUCAACCAAUUCACUCAACACAAGCGGCUCAUCAACCCCUGAAUCCUUCUUGCCGACCAGUUACCUUGCCCGAAGAAAUCCUCCCUGUACUUACCCACACCAGCGCUUGAUUCCAGAAGUAUUUUGAACAUUUUUUUCCCCUCUUUUCUAUCUUUCACUUGUACGUGUUUUACACCCGUCGUCCUACUGAUCACCUUUUUUCACCCAACCACAUAUAUACACACUUGCCCAAGCGAUCCCCUCUGGUCAAGAUCCACACACUGAUCUCGUCAAGCCCCAUGGACGAAGGCUCGAUGGCCAUCACCUCUCAAGCAAGCGAUCCAUAUGGCCCUUUCUCAUCAUCUCUUGGUAAUAAUCUCACUGAUCGACUUGGUCGGUUUCUGGCACCAAUCAAGUCGGCAUCAUCUUUCUGGGUCUCUGAAAAAUAAAAAUUGAUUUAAGCUGCUUGGGCUGUGUACAUGUAUAUCCUUGACUCUUCCAGUUGGCCAAUCACUACUUAACAUCUUUCAAGUUGUUUGUCCAUUUUUUUUAUUCAAGUUCUUUGUUAUUACAAAUAUACACAAUUUAUGUUUUAAUUUUUUAUGGUUGGGGUUUUUUUAUAUCUGCUUCCUUGAAUGUAUUCAUUGACCUGAACCUUCUUUUUUUUUCUUUUUAUUUAUUGACGCCUUUAUUGGUUCUUCUUUCUUUUGAUUGGCCCAAUGUUUUGGAUGGAGAUUCUUUUUUUUUUCUGCUUCUUUGAACUGAUUUCUCACUUAUUCAUUUUGCGUAUUGAAAAAAAAAAAAACAUAAAGUACAAAGUGAUGAUGGUUUUCUUCUUUUUGGUACAUAUAUAUAUAUUGGAAAGCAU